AUGUCUUUGAUCAGAUCUGCAGAUUCUUCCACCAACUCAUUUGGGGAAUUGAACUUAUAUGUGCGCAAAAAGAGUGGUGAUAACGCCAGCUUAUCCAAUCAAGUAUAUGAUAUGGACGGUAGAAUGCUGAAUUAUAGGCCAGAAUCGUACCGUUCAGAUUAUCAACAGUAUUUUUCAAGAACGCCCACUGGUCUUGCCCAAGAAAUUAUGAUAAAAAACCCAUCAAACUCUUCUAGUCCAGAGUCUUGGUCUCAUCCCCAUACUUCUUCAGCUGCUGCGUACAGGUUGGUAGCUGAUUCGGGGUCUCCUGUCAUCAUUCAAAAUAAAUCUGGUCCCUGCUUCACUCCGAUCUCAGACUCACGGACAUUGGUGGGCCUGUCAUAUCAGAACUCUGGUUCUGUAUCUGAUGAUCUAAGUCCAGGGGAUCCCAUCGAUUAUGAUGAUGAUGAAAUCAAGUCCAAGCUUCGAGAACUCGAGAGGGAUCUCCUUGAUGAUGUUGAUGAUGAGCUGCUGGACACUGAAGAAGGAUUGAGUAUUGACGACGAUUGGGUCGAGCCCAUGAUGAAUCUAUUACGCCCAAGUUCACCAAAAGAAUCUUCCUCGGACUCUAAUAUUAGUAGUGUCGAUAGCAUUAAAGAACCAAGAACAGCCAAGCAGCUACUUUUCGACUGUGCUGCUGCUAUGUCAGAAGACAAUUUAGGGGAGGCAUCGGCUAUGAUAACAGAACUCCGGCAGAUGGUCUCAAUCCAAGGAGACCCUCUCCAGAGGCUCUCAGCCUACAUGGUGGAAGGACUUGCUGCUCGAAUUGUCUCCUCAGGGAAGGGCAUCUACAAGGCUCUAAGGUGCAAGGAACCCCCAACCUUGGAUCGCCUCUCGGCCAUGCAGGUUCUAUUUGAAAUUUGUCCAUGCUUCAAGUUUGGCUUCAUGGCAGCUAAUGGUGCAAUUGUUGAGGCAAUUAAAAACGAAGGAAAAGUCCACAUAAUAGAUUUUGAUGUGAAUCAAGGUAGCCAGUAUAUUACUCUCAUGCAGGUCCUGUCAACCUGGCAAACCAAGCCAAAGUUGAGGAUAACCGGGGUAGAUGAUCCCGAGACUGUGCAACGAACCAUCGGAGGAUUGAAGAUCAUCGGUCAGCGUCUUGAGAAGCUCGCCGAGGAACUCGGGAUCCCAUUUGAGUUUCGGGCCUUAGGAAUGAACACCGGGAAUAUUACACCAUCCAUACUUUCUUGUCAGCCUGGUGAGGCGCUGGUGGUCAAUUUCGCCUUUCAGCUUCAUCACAUGCCAGAUGAAAGUGUGUCAACUGUGAACCAGAGAGACAAACUAUUGCGAAUGGUGAAGGGCCUGCACCCUAAACUUGUGACCGUUGUUGAGCAGGAUGUGAACACAAACACAGCCCCGUUCUUCCCAAGGUCGAUUCUUAUGAUACAUAUAAUCUCAACCCUCCUACUGUCUUAUGCAAAAGAAAGUCCUGAAAGUGAAAAAAAAAAUCAUUAAAAAAAAUUAGUGAAAAAAAUAAUGAACAACUCCGACAGAUUCUUGCAUAUUCCCCGAAUUUGUAACGCUCCUCUGUGAACAGGUUUGUGGAGGUCUACAACUACUACUCGGCGGUCUUCACGUCGCUGGAUGUAACUCUACCAAGGGAGAGCCCAGACAGAAUGAACGUUGAGAGGCAAUGCCUUGCCCGGGAUAUAGUCAACAUUGUGGCCUGUGAGGGCAUGGACCGAAUAGAAAGGUAAGGGCAAGCCCUUUUCUGUGCUCAUACACUGCGGUUUCUCAGAUACAUAUUCAUUACUUCUGCAAAUGCUCCUUUCCUGCACCAAAAGGUACGAGGUGGCGGGGAAGUGGAAGGCGAGGAUGACGAUGGCUGGGUUUGUUUCAUGCCCAAUAAGCUCAGACGUCAAGGGAACGAUUGGGAAGCUGCUGAAGUCCUACUCUGAUCGAUACACAGCUGAAGAUGUGGGCGGAGCGCUAUGUUUUGGCUGGGAGGACAAGAGCCUCAUUGUGGCUUCAGCCUGGAAGUAG